UGUUUAUAUUUGGGACGGAGGGAGCAAGUAGCUAGCCUCUUAAAUAAGUAUCAUCCUAGUGGGGGAGUACCAUCUAUCUAUCGAUCUUCUUCCACACGCGCGUACGUGUGUGUUGGUCGUCUCAAGGGUAUAUAUAGCAAAUUAAUAAUAGAUAGAUCGAUCGAUCGAGUGGAGACGAUGUUGCCGAGAAGCCGAACGCUCCCGCCAAGGAUUCAUGAUGGCGUCGUGGUGGUAGAACGCGAUGUGAGGAGGUACCAGCAGCUGCCGCAGCAGGUGGAGAUGGAGAUGACGACGACCAAGAGGCAGCAGGAUCAUCAGGUGGAGACGAUGACGACGAAGAAGAUUGAUGAAGAAGAUGAAGAGGUGGACGACGACGGUCGGGCGAAGCGGAGGGGGACGGUGUGGACGGCGGCGUCGCACAUCAUCACGGCGGUGAUCGGGUCAGGUGUGCUGUCGCUGGCGUGGGCGAUCGCGCAGCUGGGCUGGGUGGUGGGCCCCACCGUCAUGCUCCUCUUUGCUGCCGUCAUCUACUUCACCUCCAACCUCCUCGCCGACUGCUACCGCACCGGCGACCCCGCCACCGGCAGAAGGAACUACACCUACAUGGACGCCGUCAAGGCCAACCUCGGCGGUGCCAAGGUGAAGGUUUGCGGAUGCAUUCAGUACCUCAACCUUUUGGGAGUGGCCAUCGGUUACACCAUCGCCGCCUCCAUUAGCAUGAUGGCGAUCCAGCGUUCCAACUGCUUCCACGCGAGAGGAGAGCAGGAUCCAUGCCACGCCUCCAGCAACGUGUACAUGAUCAUGUUCGGCAUCGUCCAGGUGUUCUUCUCCCAGAUCCCCGACUUCGACCAAGUCUGGUGGCUCUCCAUCCUCGCCGCCGUCAUGUCCUUCACCUACUCCGCCGUCGGCCUCGCCCUCGGCGCCGCCCAGGUCGCCCAGAACCGCACGUUCGCCGGCAGCGCCAUGGGCGUCGCCGUGGGCUUCGUCACCAAGACCGGCGACGUCGUCACCCCCGCGCAGAAGGUGUGGCGCAACCUGCAGGCGCUGGGGGACAUCGCCUUCGCCUACUCCUACUCCAUCAUCCUCAUCGAGAUCCAGGACACGCUGCGGUCGCCGCCGGCGGAGGCGAGGACGAUGCGGAAGGCGACGGGGAUCAGCGUGGUGGUGACGAGCGUGUUCUACCUGCUGUGCGGAUGCAUGGGGUACGCGGCGUUCGGCGACGACGCGCCGGGGAACCUCCUCACCGGCUUCGGCUUCUACAAGCCCUACUGGCUGCUGGACGUGGCCAACAUGGCGAUCGUGGUACACCUGGUGGGGGCGUACCAGGUGUACUGCCAGCCGCUCUUCGCCUUCGUGGAGAGGAGGGCGGAGCGGCGGUGGCCCAACGGCCUCCCCGGCGGCGACUACGACCUGGGGUGGAUAAAGGUGAGCGUGUUCAGGUUGGCGUGGCGGACGUGCUUCGUGGCGGUGACGACGGUGGUGGCGAUGCUGCUGCCCUUCUUCAACGACGUGGUGGGCAUCCUGGGGGCGCUCGGCUUCUGGCCGCUCACCGUCUACUUCCCCGUCGAGAUGUACAUCGCCCACCGCCGCAUCCGGAGGUGGACAACCACCUGGGUCGGCCUGCAGGCGCUCAGCCUCGCCUGCCUUCUCGUCUCGCUCGCCGCCGCCGUCGGCUCCAUCGCCGGCGUCCUGCUCGACCUCAAGUCCUACCGUCCAUUCCGCUCCACCUACUAAUUAACGAUCGAUGAUUGUGCUACUAGAAAGGAAAUAGGUAUCCGAUGUAUCAUGAGCUUGGGCUGGCCAUAACGAUGCAAUAUUAAUAAGGCCUCAACCCACAAGAUGCAACGAUGGUUUCAAUUAUAAGGUUGGGCUAGACACGGUUCAUCCACAUAUACUAGCUUUCAAUUACUAAGUAUUCUUAUUUUCUUAUUGAAA